GAAACAGAAACCCAGCAGCAGUAAUGAAUUAAAGAUGUUUGUUUUUAUUUUAUUUUUUGUUUGGUUAAUUUGGAGCUUUGUGGGUUGGUUGAUUUCUCUCAGAAACCGUUGAUCUUAAUUUUUUUAAAUAUUUUUUUUGAAGUUCUGGGAAUAUCUAGAAUUUAUGUGAUUUCUUUUUCUUUUUGUUUUUGUUUUUUUCUUUUUUUAAUGCCGGGUGCUACUGGGUUUGAGUUAUUUUUUGGAUGUUUGGGAGGGCAUUAUUGAAUUUUGGGGUUUAUCUUGAGAAAUUUAGUUUUCCGGUUGAGGAAUUUAUGCUUCUGCAACAGCAAGCUUUCGUGUACGGUUUGAACGUUUGAAUUCCCAAUUUUGUUUCUGGGUCUGUGCUUCUCCAGAAUUUCAAGAGAAACCUGUUGAAAUUAUUAAUGGGUUUUAUUUUUUAUUAUUAUUGAAAAUUUUCAAAAUCUUGAAACUUUUUGUUGUUGCGGAGAAAUGGAUGGAGUCUGUGCAGUAGUACCCUUAUGGCCAUAUCUUCUGUCUCAUUGACUUGAAAUUCCUCUUUGAGACUCUAAGCUUUAGAUGGGUAUUUCAGAGUAUACAAAAAAGGUUCCCUUUUUAGGAAAUAGGAUCUGCUUUUUCACAUCUCAUCAUAAAUACUAAUAAUAAGAAUAUGAAAAUAGUAUUAUUAUUAAUUAUUGAUGGUAAUAGUAAUAAUCCAUGUUUCUUACUGUGAGGAAAAUGGGGGAGAAAAAAAGAAAAGAAAAAGGAGGAACCCAUGGAGGUCAUGAUUUCAAGUUCAGAACUUGUCUCAUAUGCACAAAUGCCAUAAACAAUUCCAAAGCUGCUCAUGUUUUGUCUGGGGUUUUUGUUACUAUAAGCAUGUAGGGAUGAGAAGAUAUGAUGAUGGGACUGGUUCUGGUUUGAUUGAAUUCUGACCCAAAAAGAAAAAAGAAGAGAAAAAAAAAUAUGGAGGGGGACACGUUUUCAGGGCUAGGCAAUGGUACCCAGAUUGACGGCAAGGUGUUACAGACAUUUCAGAAGAGCUUUGUUCAGGUCCAAAACAUCUUGGAUCAGAACAGGCUGCUCAUCAAUGAGAUUAACCAAAAUCAUGAGUCCAAGAUCCCUGACAACCUUAGCAGAAAUGUGGGUCUGAUUAGGGAGCUCAACAAUAAUAUCAGAAGGGUUGUUGACCUCUAUGCUGAUCUUUCAACUUCCUUCACCAAAUCCGUGGAUGGUUCCUCUGAGGGAGAUUCUAGUGGUGCUUUGAGAUCAGAUGGGAAGGCUGGCCAUAAACGAAAUAGGCCUGUGUAGCUGCUGCUCCAACUCAGCAAAUUCUAAGACUUCUUAAUUCUUUUUCAUGGUGGGAAAACGGAAAAACUCAGAAAGAAAGAAAAGAAAGAAAGAAAAUUUGCAUUUGUGUUGAGCUAGAACAACAUGAUUAGGUCCUGUAACUCUUUUGUAUUAGUGAACUGUGUUUAGUUCUUCACUUACCUUACCACCCCCUCCCCCACAUUUCUCAGAAACAAAAUAAUUCUCUCAAAUCUCUCCCUCAUUGUAACUGUGUAACUGUGGAUCUAAUUGAAAUCGGUCUUGUUUGUUUCAAUCCAGUCUCUUGAUUUUUCUUCC